CGCGGACCAGACCGAGCAGCAACGAAUCCCACGACAAGCGAGGCGCAGCAGGACCCGAACCUGGACCAUGAGAGGAGGUGGAACCAGGCGCACCGAGCCGUCCUGACAAAAACUCGCAGAAAGAUGAAGACACCGCUGCGCCAUGGCGUGGCUGCGCUGCUCAUGGUGCUCCUGUGCGCCAGCCUCUUCCUGGUUUACAACGGCAGUUUCAACGGCGCCGCCAGGGACGCCAACGACACGCGGCGGCAAGAGCAGCUGCCGCGGCCCGUCGUUUCCUCCGUCAGGCUGCCUGAGCCUCACCCACGCCCCCUGCAGGGCUACAGCAGCAUCAUGGACCACAAGCCUCUCCGGAUGCACUGCCAGACGUGCGCACUGGUGACCAGCUCAGGUCACCUGAUCGGCGGCGGCCGGGGCGAGGAGAUCGACGGGGCCGAGUGCGUCAUCCGCAUGAACGACGCACCUGCCGCCGGGGGCUUUGCCGCCGACGUCGGGCGCCGCACGUCGCUCCGCGUCAUCGCCCAUUCCAGCAUGCAGCGUGUCCUGAGGAGCCGCCACCAGCUGAUCAACGCCAGCCAGGACACGGUGUUCAUCUUCUGGGGGCCCAGCAACUACAUGAGGCGCGACGGGAAGGGUCUGGUCUACAACAACCUGAGGCUGAUGAGCCAGGUCCUGCCCAAGCUCAAAGUCUACAUCAUCUCCUGGCAGAAGAUGCUGCAGUUUGACGAGCUCUUUAAGAAGGAGACUGGCAAGGACAGGAGGAUAUCGAACUCGUGGCUGAGCACCGGCUGGUUCACGAUGACCAUUGCCCUGGAGCUGUGCGAUAGGAUCAACGUCUACGGCAUGGUGGCGCCCGACUUCUGCAGCAGGGAGCCGGAGAACCACUCGGUGCCCUACCACUACUACGAGCCGCGGGGCCCCGACGAGUGCGCCAUGUACAUAUCGCACGAGCGCGGGCGGCGAGGCAGCCACCACCGCUUCAUCACAGAGAAGCGGGUCUUCGCCAACUGGGCACGGACGUUUGACAUCCACUUCUACCAGCCCGACUGGAGCCCCGCCCCUCUGCCGGCCAACCGGACCCUGAAGGCCAGCCUCGCGGCGGGCGGCCAGUCGUGAUUGAAACUACGGACUCUGAGGGAAUACGCGGUUUUAUCGAGUCAACAACACGACAACUUCUGUUCCAACGCUCCAUCAACUGAAGGCGUUUCAAAGUCACCCGGUGACUAUUUCUCCCCCCCUGACAAACAACCCGGAGAAGGUAAAGUUCCACGAGGUUGGAGCAUCCUCAUCUUACAGUCACUCGGGAGAGCUUGCACUGUCAAUCACUGUGUGUGUUUGGGAGAGAACCAGAGCGCGCUUCAGGCACUGAGAGCCGGUUCAAUUUAAAGUUAAACUUCAGACGUUCUGCAGUUACCAAAGAUGAAGCUGAGGCUGUGCCACACGAGCAAAAAAAAAAAUGGUCAAAAUGGUCCACAACAUAUUUCCCAGUCACGUUCACAACAAAAAGGUGCGUUUCGUUAGCUCAACAUGUCAUAACGUUAACGCAGUGUUUUUCAACCCUUUUUUGAGCCAAGGCACAUUUUUUGCGUUGAAAAAAUCCAGAGGCACACCGUCUUUGCUCCCACAGUAAGUCUUUGCUGUCGUCCAGCAUUCUGUUUUUGUUUACGUUGUAGCCAGUUCAGUUUUAGUUUCGUUCUGCAUAGCCUUCCCUAAGCUUCAAUGCCUUUUCUUAGGGGCACUCACCUUUUGUUUAUUUUUGGUUUAAACAUUACACACCUUUUUACCUGCACACUGCCUCCCGCUGUUCCCGACAUCUACAAAGCAAUUAGCUACCGGCUGCCACCUACUGAUAUGGAAGAGUAUUACACGGUUACUCUGCCAAGCUCUAGACCAGGGGUCACCAACGCGGUGCCCACGGGCACCAGGUAGCCCGUAAGGACCAGAUGAGUAGCCCGCUGGCCUGUUCUAAAAAUAGCUCAAAUAGCAGCACUUACCAGUGAGCUGCCUCUAUUUUUUAAAUUGUAUUUAUUUACUAGCAAGCUGGUCUCGCUUUGCCCGACAUUUUUAA